CCACCACGGCAUCUGCUGAAACGGAGAGCUCAAAACCUUGAGCGAAAUCACAAGCGCGAGGCCGAUUUCGAGAGAAUUGAUUCGGCUGCAAAGAAGUCAAAGACAUUCCAAGAGUGUGGCGCAGGGAACAGGGAGGAGGAGAGUGAGAAGAAGAAGUUGACUGGUUCGGAUGCCACGGGCGGCACGAAGGAGGGGAAGUCGGAAAUUUCGGUCAAAGCGAACGGCAGGAAUGGUGAUGAUGCCGGCCGUAAGGUAGUCACUGGAAGCAGUGGAAAUGAAGGUAAGGGCCUCGUCAUCGAAGCCGAUGCCGCAGAAGAUAAGGGUUCCAGGCAUACCAUGGAGGAUGCUUGGGUUCUUUUGCAGGAUGGCGACAUGGAUUGUCCUGGAAAACUCAGAUGUGCACAUUUCGCAAUAUAUGAUGGACAUGGAGGUCGUUUAGCUGCAGAAUAUGCUAAGAAGCAUUUGCACUCUAAUGUUCUUUCAGCUGGCUUACCACGUGAGUUGUUGGAUGUGAAAGCUGCUAAAAGAGCCAUACUUGAUGGUUUUCGGAAAACAGAUGAGUCUAUUAUUCAAGAAAGUACUUCAGGAGGAUGGCAGGAUGGUGCUACUGCAGUCUGUGUUUGGAUAUUAGGUCAAACAGUGUUUGUUGCUAAUGUAGGGGAUGCAAAAGCAGUGGUUGCCCGAUCACCUGUUGUUGAUGGAUCAAAAAAUAAGCCUGAUGAAACCAGUCCAUUGAAAGCCAUUGUUUUGACAAGGGAGCACAAAGCCAUCUAUCCGCAGGAACGAACUCGUAUUCAGAAGGUAAGCUCUAUAUAUACAAGGAAAGCAUGCAGAGUGUAUUUUGUGCUGAAUUGUUCUUUUUUUUUUUCUUUUUUUAAUGCAUCAUUUCAAUCAAGAUUUGCUUCUUUGAUGGCAUGCAAGGUUAGACUUGUGAAUGAUUCUAGUUUGUCUCCUGAAGUUUCAUUUAUCAACAUAGAAUAUUUGUUAAGUUUGCAUCUUAAAGAACUUUUCAAACUACAGGUGGGUGUAACCGCAACCCCAGAUAUCUCUUCUUUUGACCUCACAGAGAGAGAUCACUUCAUAAUUCUUGGUUGUGAUGGCCUAUGGGGGGUAUUUGGACCAGGUGAUGCUGUUGAAUUUGUUCAGAGAUUAUUGAAGGAGGGCUUAACUGCUACAACCAUAAGCCGCCGUCUCAUAAGAGAAGCUGUUCGUGAGCGACGCUGCAAGGAUAACUGCACGGCAAUCAUUAUUGUCUUCAGGCACAAGUGAUCCAAAUGACAGGUUCCUGUUUAUUCUAGAAAUUUAUCCUCUAAUGUCGUGUAUUAUUAACAUAAGAUCCGUCAGGUUAAACAUGCACAAGAGUGUCAGUUUUAUGAACUUGAUGGGCAACUAUAAGAUUCUUGUAGCAAAAUGUCUAUAGUGGGAGAUAGACUUUUUCUCAUUUUCCUCUUGGUCUGUGUCUGUGAUAUGUGUUCUAAUUUGACCUGCAUGAAUUGGAUGUAGUUGUCUAGUUGAGUAGAUGUUUUUGAAUUUUAAGGGGCAAAAGGGGGUCACAAGAUGCUCUGUAGUUCGCUUUAGUGAUAUUUUAGUCAGUUUGAUAUUUUCCA